CUGUGUGGGAGGACUGGUGGCUGUCUUUGUAGGCAGGCAUUUGCUUAGAGCAGGCUGCGUGUGAGCCCAACAUCCGAGAAUCUGGCCUCCUCGAGUCGGUUGUUGGUGGUGGUGGGAUGAGGCUGUGCCCUGGAGACUGACUGUGAAGGAUGAGUUCAGGGUGGGAUGACGGACCGCUUCUGGGACCAGUGGUAUCUUUGGUAUCUCCGCUUGCUUCGGCUUCUGGAUCGAGGUAUCCUGAGAUCUUUUCGGAAUGAUGGUUUGAAAGCUUCUGAUGUCCUUCCUAUCCUAAAGGAGAAAGUGGCCUUUGUGUCUGGGGGGCGUGACAAGCGAGGUGGACCCAUCCUGACCUUCCCUGCCCGAAGCAAUCAUGACAGAAUAAGACAGGAAGACCUACGGAAACUUGUGACGUAUUUGGCCAGCGUGCCAAGUGAGGACGUUUGCAAACGUGGCUUCACCGUCAUCAUCGACAUGCGGGGCUCCAAGUGGGACCUCAUCAAGCCCCUCCUCAAGACGCUGCAGGAAGCCUUCCCCGCCGAGAUCCAUGUGGCCCUCAUCAUCAAGCCUGACAACUUCUGGCAGAAGCAGAAGACCAACUUUGGCAGCUCCAAAUUCAUCUUCGAGACAAGCAUGGUAUCUGUGGAGGGCCUCACGAAGCUGGUGGACCCCUCCCAGCUGACAGAGGAGUUUGAUGGCUCCCUGGAUUACAACCAUGAGGAGUGGAUUGAGUUGCGCCUCUCCCUGGAGGAGUUCUUCAACAGUGCGGUCCACCUGCUCUCACGCCUUGAGGACCUGCAGGAGAUGCUGGCCCGGAAGGAGUUCCCUGUGGAUGUGGAGGGCUCUCGGAGGCUUAUCGACGAGCACACACAACUUAAGAAAAAGGUGCUGAAGGCCCCCGUAGAAGAGCUGGACCGGGAGGGGCAGCGGCUACUGCAGUGCAUCCGCUGCAGCGAUGGCUUCUCAGGGCGCAACUGCAUCCCAGGAAGUGCCGACUUCCAGAGCCUUGUACCCAAGAUCACCAGCCUCCUGGACAAGCUGCAUUCCACCCGACAACACCUGCACCAAAUGUGGCACGUACGAAAGCUCAAGCUGGAUCAGUGCUUCCAGCUGCGGCUCUUCGAGCAGGAUGCUGAGAAGAUGUUCGACUGGAUAAGCCACAACAAGGAGUUAUUUCUUCAGAGCCACACAGAGAUCGGAGUCAGCUACCAGCAUGCACUAGACCUCCAGACACAGCACAAUCACUUUGCUAUGAACUCCAUGAAUGCCUAUGUCAACAUCAACCGCAUCAUGUCUGUCGCUUCCCGCCUCUCAGAGGCCGGCCAUUAUGCCUCCCAGCAAAUCAAGCAGAUCUCCACGCAGUUAGACCAGGAGUGGAAGAGCUUUGCCGCCGCCCUGGAUGAACGCAGUACAAUCCUGGCCAUGUCUGCUGUGUUCCACCAGAAGGCAGAGCAGUUCCUGUCAGGAGUGGAUGCCUGGUGUAAGAUGUGCAGCGAAGGCGGCCUUCCUUCUGAGAUGCAGGACCUGGAGCUGGCAAUCCACCAUCACCAGUCCUUGUAUGAGCAGGUGACCCAGGCCUACACAGAGGUCAGCCAGGAUGGCAAAGCACUACUGGAUGUCCUGCAGCGUCCCCUGAGUCCUGGGAACUCUGAGUCCCUCACAGCCACAGCCAACUACUCUAAGGCGGUCCACCAGGUGCUGGAUGUGGUACACGAGGUGCUGCACCAUCAGCGACGGCUCGAGAGCAUCUGGCAGCACCGCAAGGUGCGGCUUCACCAGCGGCUGCAGCUGUGUGUCUUCCAGCAGGAUGUGCAGCAGGUGCUGGACUGGAUUGAAAACCAUGGCGAGGCCUUUCUCAGCAAACACACUGGGGUUGGCAAGUCCUUGCAUCGAGCACGUGCACUACAGAAGAGGCAUGAUGACUUUGAAGAAGUGGCUCAGAAUACAUACACCAAUGCAGACAAGCUCCUAGAAGCGGCGGAGCAGCUGGCUCAGACUGGGGAAUGUGAUCCGGAGGAGAUCUACAAGGCAGCCCGGCACCUGGAGGUGCGCAUCCAAGACUUUGUGCGCAGAGUGGAGCAGCGGAAGCUUCUCCUGGACAUGUCGGUCUCUUUCCACACGCACACCAAAGAGCUGUGGACAUGGAUGGAGGACCUUCAGAAGGAGGUGCUGGAGGAUGUCUGUGCAGACUCUGUGGAUGCGGUCCAGGAGCUGAUCAAGCAGUUCCAGCAGCAGCAGACCGCCACCCUGGAUGCCACUCUCAAUGUCAUCAAGGAAGGCGAAGACCUAAUCCAGCAGCUCAGGUCAGCGCCUCCCUCCCUGGGGGAGCCCACCGAGGCCAGGGACUCAGCGGUGUCCAACAACAAGACACCCCACAGUAGCUCUAUCAGCCAUAUCGAGUCUGUCCUCCAGCAGCUGGACGAUGCUCAGGUGCAGAUGGAAGAGCUGUUUCACGAGCGGAAGAUCAAGCUGGACAUCUUCCUGCAGCUUCGCAUCUUUGAACAGUACACCAUUGAGGUCACCGCAGAGCUGGAUGCCUGGAACGAGGACUUGCUCCGGCAGAUGAAUGACUUCAACACAGAGGAUCUGACCCUGGCAGAGCAGCGGCUACAGCGCCACACAGAACGGAAGCUUGCCAUGAACAACAUGACGUUCGAGGUCAUCCAGCAGGGCCAAGACCUGCACCAGUAUAUCAUGGAAGUGCAAGCGUCAGGGAUCGAGUUAAUCUGUGAGAAGGACCUUGACCUGGCAGCUCAGGUGCAGGAGCUCCUGGAGUUUCUCCAUGAGAAGCAGCAUGAGCUAGAGCUCAAUGCGGAGCAGACGCACAAGCGGCUAGAGCAAUGUCUCCAGCUGCGGCACCUCCAGGCUGAGGUCAAACAGGUUCUGGGAUGGAUCCGCAAUGGAGAGUCGAUGCUCAACGCCAGCCUGGUCAACGCCAGCUCUUUGUCGGAGGCAGAGCAGCUACAGCGGGAGCAUGAACAGUUCCAGCUAGCCAUCGAGUCCCUCUUUCAUGCCACUUCCUUGCAGAAGACGCACCAGAGCGCCCUGCAGGUACAGCAGAAGGCAGAGGCACUGCUCCAGGCCGGUCACUAUGAUGCAGACGCCAUCCGGGAAUGUGCUGAGAAGGUGGCCCUCCACUGGCAACAGCUCAUGCUAAAGAUGGAGGACCGGCUGAAGCUCGUCAACGCCUCUGUGGCCUUUUACAAGACCUCUGAGCAGGUGUGCAGUGUUCUGGAGAGCUUGGAGCAAGAGUACCGGAGAGACGAGGACUGGUGUGGCGGGAGAGACAAGCUGGGACCAGCGGCAGAGAUGGACCAUGUUAUUCCACUCCUCAGCAAGCACCUGGAGCAGAAGGAGGCCUUUCUGAAGGCCUGCACUCUGGCACGGCGGAACGCCGAGGUGUUCCUCAAGUACAUCCACAGGAACAAUGUGAGCAUGCCCAGUGUUGCCAGCCACACCAGGGGACCUGAACAGCAAGUAAAAGCCAUCUUGAGCGAGCUCUUGCAGAGGGAGAAUCGAGUCCUGCACUUCUGGACCUUGAAGAAGCGGCGGUUAGACCAGUGUCAGCAAUAUGUGGUGUUUGAGCGUAGUGCUAAGCAGGCACUGGACUGGAUCCAAGAAACAGGAGAAUAUUACCUCUCUACACAUACCUCCACCGGAGAGACCUCGGAGGAGACUCAGGAGCUGCUGAAAGAGUAUGGAGAAUUCAGGGUGCCCGCCAAGCAAACGAAGGAGAAGGUGAAGCUUCUGAUCCAGCUAGCCGACAGCUUUGUGGAAAAGGGCCACAUCCACGCCACAGAGAUACGGAAAUGGGUGACCACGGUGGACAAGCACUACCGAGAUUUCUCCCUGAGGAUGGGGAAGUACCGGUACUCCCUGGAGAAAGCCCUGGGGGUCAACACGGAGGAUAACAAGGACCUAGAGCUGGACAUCAUCCCAGCAAGCCUUUCAGAUCGGGAGGUCAAGCUCCGGGAUGCUAACCAUGAGAUCAAUGAAGAGAAGCGGAAGUCAGCUCGAAAGAAAGAGUUCAUUAUGGCUGAACUGCUCCAAACCGAGAAGGCUUAUGUAAGGGACUUGCACGAGUGCUUGGGGACCUACCUGUGGGAAAUGACGAGCGGUGUGGAGGAGAUACCCCCCGGCAUCCUCAAUAAGGAACACAUCAUCUUCGGCAACAUCCAGGAGAUCUAUGACUUCCACAACAACAUCUUCCUCAAAGAGCUGGAGAAGUACGAGCAGCUGCCUGAGGAUGUGGGACACUGCUUUGUCACCUGGGCAGACAAAUUUCAGAUGUAUGUCACCUACUGUAAAAACAAGCCUGAUUCCAACCAGCUGAUCCUGGAACAUGCAGGCACCUUCUUUGAUGAGAUCCAGCAGCGGCAUGGCCUGGCCAACUCCAUCUCUUCCUACCUGAUUAAGCCUGUCCAGAGGGUUACCAAGUACCAGCUGCUCCUGAAGGAACUUCUAACUUGCUGUGAAGAAGGGAAGGGGGAGCUCAAGGAUGGCCUGGAGGUGAUGCUCAGUGUUCCCAAGAAAGCCAACGAUGCCAUGCACGUCAGCAUGCUGGAAGGGUUCGAUGAGAACUUGGAUGUACAGGGGGAGUUGAUUCUCCAGGAUGCCUUUCAAGUGUGGGACCCAAAGUCGCUGAUCCGGAAGGGGCGGGAGCGCCAUCUGUUCCUCUUUGAGAUCUCCUUGGUGUUUAGCAAAGAGAUCAAAGACUCUUCAGGACACACGAAAUAUGUUUACAAGAACAAGCUACUGACCUCAGAGCUGGGUGUGACCGAGCAUGUAGAAGGUGACCCCUGCAAAUUCGCCUUGUGGUCUGGGCGCACCCCAUCCUCAGACAAUAAAACAGUGCUCAAAGCUUCUAACAUCGAAACCAAGCAGGAAUGGAUCAAGAACAUUCGAGAAGUGAUUCAGGAGAGGAUCAUUCAUCUUAAAGGCGCUUUAAAGGAGCCAAUACAGCUCCCCAAAACACCAGCCAAACUGAGGAACAAUAGUAAGAGGGAUGGGGUAGAGGAUGGUGACAGCCAAGGGGAUGGGAGCAGCCAACCAGAUACCAUAUCCAUUGCCUCCAGGACCUCUCAGAACACAGUGGAGAGUGACAAGCUCUCAGGUGGAUGUGAGCUGACCGUGGUCCUCCAGGACUUCAGCGCGGGCCACAGCAGUGAGCUGAGCAUCCAGGUGGGGCAGACGGUGGAGCUGCUGGAACGACCGAGUGAGAGGCCCGGCUGGUGUCUGGUCCGCACCACAGAGCGGAGCCCCCCACAGGAAGGCCUGGUGCCCAGCAGUGCCCUGUGCAUCUCACACUCGCGCAGCAGCGUGGAAAUGGACUGCUUCUUCCCCUUGAAAGAUUCAUACUCUCAUUCCUCCGGUGAGAAUGGAGGCAAAUCCGAGUCCGUGGCCCACCUACAGUCUCAGCCCUCCCUGAACUCCAUCCACAGUUCCCCUGGUCCCAAGCGCUCCACCAACACCCUCAAAAAGUGGCUGACCAGCCCUGUGCGCCGCCUCAACAGCGGGAAAGCAGACGGGAACAUCAAAAAGCACAAGAAAGUCCGGGAUGGGCGGAAGAGCUUCGACCUGGGAUCACCCAAGCCUGGGGAUGAGACGACCCCUCAGGGAGACAGCGCUGAUGAGAAGAGCAAGAAGGGUUGGGGCGAAGACGAGCCAGAUGAAGAGUCACACACACCCCUCCCUCCGCCCAUGAAGAUCUUUGACAACGAUCCCACGCAGGAUGAGAUGUCGUCUUUGCUAGCAGCCCGGCAGGCUCCCCCUGACGUGCCUACUGCCGCAGACCUUGUCAGUGCAAUAGAAAAGUUGGUCAAAAAUAAGCUGACCCUGGAAGGAGGCUCUUACCGGGGGAGCUUGAAGGACCCUACAGGCUGCCUGAAUGAGGGGAUGACCCCUCCCACACCUCCUAGAAACCUGGAAGAAGAACAGAAAGCCAAGGCUCUGAGAGGCAGGAUGUUUGUCCUGAAUGAGCUGGUACAGACAGAGAAGGACUACGUCAAGGACCUGGGGAUUGUGGUGGAGGGCUUCAUGAAGAGAAUAGAAGAGAAGGGGGUCCCUGAGGACAUGCGCGGGAAGGAAAAGAUCGUGUUUGGAAACAUCCACCAGAUUUAUGACUGGCAUAAAGAUUUUUUCCUGGCUGAACUGGAAAAAUGUAUCCAGGAGCAAGACAGAUUGGCCCAGCUCUUCAUUAAACAUGAGCGGAAGCUGCACAUCUAUGUGUGGUACUGCCAGAACAAGCCACGUUCCGAGUACAUCGUGGCUGAAUACGAUGCCUAUUUUGAGGAGGUUAAACAAGAGAUCAAUCAAAGGCUGACCCUUAGUGACUUCCUGAUCAAGCCCAUUCAGAGAAUAACAAAGUACCAGCUGCUACUCAAGGACUUCCUGCGAUACAGCGAGAAGGCUGGCUUGGAGUGUUCCGAUAUUGAGAAAGCAGUGGAGUUAAUGUGCCUUGUCCCCAAGCGCUGUAAUGACAUGAUGAAUCUGGGACGCCUGCAAGGCUUUGAGGGCACCCUGACCGCCCAGGGCAAGCUACUGCAGCAGGACACAUUCUAUGUGAUUGAGCUGGAUGCUGGCAUGCAGUCCCGGACCAAGGAGAGACGCGUGUUUCUCUUUGAGCAGAUUGUCAUCUUCAGUGAACUGCUCCGAAAGGGGUCUCUCACCCCAGGCUACAUGUUCAAAAGAAGCAUCAAGAUGAAUUACUUGGUCCUGGAAGACAAUGUGGAUGAUGACCCCUGCAAAUUUGCACUCAUGAACCGGGAGACUUCAGAAAGGGUCAUUCUGCAGGCUGCCAACUCAGACAUCCAGCAGGCCUGGGUGCAGGACAUCAACCAAGUCCUAGAAACACAGAGGGACUUCUUAAAUGCACUACAGUCACCCAUUGAGUAUCAGCGGAAGGAAAGAAACACAGCCGCGAUCCGGUCCCAGCCCCCUAGAGCUCCACAAGCCAGCCCCAGGCCCUACUCUUCUGGCCCGGUGGGCUCAGAGAAGCCCCCCAAGGGCUCCAGCUAUAACCCGCCUCUGCCACCCCUGAAGAUAUCUACCUCUAAUGGCAGUCCAGGGUUCGACUACCACCAGCCUGCGGACAAGUUUGACACUAGCAAGCAGAACGACCUGGGAGGCUGCAAUGGGACCUCAACCAUGACUGUAAUCAAAGAUUACUAUGCACUGAAGGAGAACGAAAUCUGCGUGAGCCAAGGUGAGGUGGUACAGGUCCUCGCCGUCAACCAGCAGAACAUGUGCCUGGUGUACCAGCCUGCCAGCGACCGUUCCCCGGCAGCAGAGGGCUGGGUCCCAGGCAGCAUCCUGGCGCCCCUUGCCAAAGCCACAGCAGCGGCUGAAAGUAGCGACGGGAGCAUCAAGAAGUCAUGCUCUUGGCACACUCUACGCAUGAGAAAGCGGGCAGACGUGGAGAACACGGGUAAAAAUGAAGCCACAGGGCCUCGUAAACCCAAGGAUAUUCUGGGCAACAAAGUCUCUGUUAAAGAGACGAACAGUUCCGACGAGUCAGAGUGUGAUGAUCUUGACCCUAAUACUAGUAUGGAGAUCUUGAAUCCAAAUUUCAUCCAGGAAGUGGCUCCGGAAUUCCUUGUGCCCUUAGUUGAUGUAACCUGCUUGCUUGGAGACACAGUGCUACUACAGUGCAAAGCCUGUGGGCGGCCGAAGCCCAGCAUCACCUGGAAGGGUCCGGAUCAGAGCAUCCUAGACACUGAUAACAGUUCAGCCACAUACACCAUCUCCUCCUGUGAUUCUGGGGAAAGCACCCUCAAGAUCUGCAACCUGAUGCCCCAGGAUAGUGGGAUUUAUACCUGCAUAGCAGCAAACGACCAUGGAACUGCAUCCACAUCUGCUACAGUUAAGGUGCAAGGUGUUCCCGCAGCCCCCAACCGCCCAAUCGCACAGGAGAGGAGCUGCACCUCUGUCAUCCUCCGCUGGCUGCCCCCAGCCAGCACCGGGAACUGCACUAUUUCGGGGUACACAGUGGAGUACCGCGAGGAAGGUUCCCAGGUCUGGCAGCAAUCCGUAGCUUCGACCUUGGACACUUACCUGGUCAUUGAAGACCUUAGUCCUGGGUGCCCUUAUCAGUUCAGGGUCAGUGCCAGCAACCCCUGGGGAAUCAGCCUUCCCAGUGAGCCCUCGGAGUUUGUGCGCCUUCCAGAGUACGAUGCGGCCGCCGACGGUGCCACCAUUUCUUGGAAGGAAAAUUUUGAUUCUGCUUACACAGAACUGAACGAGAUUGGCAGAGGCCGUUUCUCUAUUGUAAAGAAAUGCAUUCACAAAGCUACCCGCAAAGAUGUUGCUGUGAAAUUUGUGAGCAAAAAAAUGAAGAAGAAGGAGCAGGCUGCGCAUGAGGCUGCCCUGCUCCAGCACCUGCAGCACCCUCAGUAUGUCACACUCCAUGACACCUACGAGUCCCCCACAUCCUACAUCCUGAUUUUGGAACUGAUGGAUGACGGCCGACUCUUGGACUACCUUAUGAAUCAUGAUGAGCUGAUGGAAGAAAAGGUAGCUUUCUACAUCCGAGACAUCAUGGAAGCUCUGCAGUACCUUCACAACUGUAGGGUCGCACAUUUGGACAUAAAGCCAGAAAACCUGCUCAUUGACCUCCGGAUCCCAGUGCCUCGAGUGAAGCUCAUUGACUUGGAAGACGCUGUCCAGAUCUCAGGCCACUUCCACAUCCACCAUCUGCUGGGGAACCCUGAGUUCGCUGCCCCCGAAGUGAUCCAAGGCAUUCCUGUGUCCCUGGGCACAGACAUCUGGAGCAUCGGGGUUCUGACAUAUGUCAUGCUUAGUGGGGUCUCCCCCUUCUUAGAUGAGAGCAAAGAGGAGACCUGUAUCAACGUGUGCAGGGUGGACUUUAGCUUCCCCCACGAAUACUUCUGCGGUGUGAGCAACGCUGCCAGGGAUUUCAUCAAUGUCAUCUUACAGGAAGACUUCCGGAGGCGGCCCACAGCAGCCACGUGCCUGCAGCAUCCCUGGCUACAGCCCCACAAUGGCAGCUACUCCAAGAUCCCCUUGGACACCUCCCGUCUGGCCUGCUUCAUAGAACGCCGCAAGCACCAGAAUGAUGUUCGGCCCAUUCCCAGCGUCAAGAGUUAUAUCGUCAAUCGGGUGACCCAAGGGACCUAGCUAUCCCACAACCCCUGAGGUUUCACAUAGACGUUCAGUGUGAACCAAAGCAAGACUGAGCGUGUCUGUAAAUAACUCUGUUCCUCAUUUCACUCCAUGUGGUUCUCUGGACUGAGAGGUGAUCCUCUUAAACCUUGUCUGUGGUUCCCCGGGGUCUGAAUACCAUGAAAGUCACCUUAAUCCCAGGAGCAUCCCAGAAGGUCAUGCUGAAGAAGUAAAGAUACAGAGUUGCAGAAAGUAUUAAAAGAAAGGGCGAGGCUAACAAGACAGUACUUGGUAUGAAAAUGUUAAUUGUACAUUCCAAAAUGAGCAGUUAAGUGGGAAAAUCGUACGUACACCCACUGUAAGCAGUAUAGUAGGUUUCUGACUCCAUUGAAAAUUUAAGCAAAAAAAAAAAAAAAAAAAAAGUUCUAUUUAACAGAGAUGUCAACUAUUCUGCUUUAGAUGGCUUAGAUAUAGUUUCUUAACAGGAUACAUAUACACAUACAAUAUAAUAGAUCCCAUUCAGGUUUCAGAGUUUUAUAAUAUAGAGUUCUAUAUGAAAUCAAUCAUAAGUAACUUUGAGUGCUCCCGUUAAGACAGUAAUUUAUUUACCGAAGCAUUGCAUUAUUUUGACUAAGCACAAUUAGAUGACGAGUUUUUUAGAGCAUUUUAUAAAUCUUGUAUAGAAAUCUUUUAUCAGAACCUGUGUAUUAAGAGAAAGCAAUGUGACCCUUUUGCGAUCUGUGACUGGGAUAUUUUUUUUUCCUCCAUCAUGGGUCGUUUGACUAAGAUAGGUUCUGUAGAGAUCAAAGCUUCCCCCACCCCUGAACUCACUGGCAGCUCAGAGCUCCUCCUGUGGGAAAGACUGCCAGGAAAUAAAUCCAAAUCGAGUAAGAGCUGGGGGGUUUGUUUUUAUGUCCCCCCCGGGGCCUGCCAUAGGCAAAUGAAUACCACAACUUCAUACAGGAGGGCACACGGAAGCCUUUCCUACAGUUCCUGUGAACAGCGUAGAGGCGCUUUCUGAUUUCAUAGCCGUAGAAUACAGUUUUCAGAAAGUUAGCUUGCUUUAUUCCUAACCCCUCAUGAAGCUUCGGGGUGCUUACCAAUAGGAGGCAGCCAUAAAAGCCUUUUUAAGGCUAGUCCUACGUCCUUCCUGAAACCACGGCGCAAAACCUGACCCAUCACUCUAACGCAGCACGGGGUUUUAACUGUGAUAGCAGUACCCUAUCACCACACAGCCACCAACAGCUCUGGACUACGAGGACCAAUUGGAUUCUAAGGCCAGUGCCACUUUCUCCUACAAGAUUAUGCCCAGUGCCCUCUGGAGGGAAAACACAUUAACCAGGGCACUUCAUGUUUUUUUCUUCUGUUGUUGUUGGGUUUUUGGUUUUUUUAGUUCUUCUGUUGGAAGGGGGGGGAAUAGAAGAGGUUUGGGUUUUUUUGUUUUAUUUUGCUUUGUUUUAAUUAUUUUCUGUUUGUACAUGAUCCACCCUUUGUUUCCUAGAGUGUGUUUUAAAAAUUGCUUUGAUGCAAAUAAUAUUCUUAAAAAUAUAUAUAUAUAUAUAACUGAAAUGUUUGUGUAAACCGGAUUUCAUGUCAUCGUGUUGCUCCUGCUAGUAGGAACUGAGGAAAUGGAAAUUAUGUAGCACCAAGUGCAAUCAGAGAAUCUGGGAAGGGAAAAUGGAACUGCAAAACUAUUUAAACUAUUUAAAGGAGACAUGAUGGGAAUAGUCUAAUUUUAAUGUAUAAAACCACUUAUUCCCAUGGUGGAAAUAUAGAAUCAAAAUAUUCAUCACCACCUCCCCCCCAUCAGUUUCAGCUUUCUUGUCAUCCAUCCUCCAUCUCAGUUUUUCCGAGAUUAUAGGGAAAUAAACUAGUAGAAAGUAAAAGCAAUAAAACUAGAUAGCACCUAGUAUUUUGGGGGUUAACCAAAUAUGUGGGAACUGACUCUGACUGUAGUCUCCUUGUCUCCGGGUGGCCCUAGGUCAUCAGGCCUCACUCCCUCAGAACUUGUUUAUCUCCACGGUCUUCACUUAAACCACAAUGCACACACAAAGCAUGCUUAUUGAAACUUUUUACAAAUAAACAUGUCUUUAUUAAGAAAUGUAGCAUUAAGGAGGAAGGCCUGGGGCCAGAGGGCUUAUUCUAGGAUAAAAUGCAGGUUCUGUGGACUCCAAAGAUCCAGAAAGUGAUGUGGCCAGGUCUGUUCUGUCCACUUGUCCACUCCGCUGUCUUGAAAGAAGGGCUUCCUUAGAAUUGUUCUGACCAGUCAAGUUUCGGCUAGGGUGGGACAGAGCCUAAGACUGGUGUUCCAACGCUACAGAAGGGCCACAUUGAAAGGAUUUGUACAUGGUAGAACUCUAUAAAGAGCCAAGUUUUCCCAGCCAUGUUUGUGUCGGAGUUGGAAUGGUCUUGACAUGGGGCUGUGUGCAAUUGCCCCAGGUACACAACUGUUAGAGUAGUAUAAGCUUCAGGGAUGUACAAAGAGAAAGGGGGCAUUCUCUGUGUAGUUUGAUGACUGAAGUGACCAGGGAAGCCCCUGUCUACAAAGCACUUGAUCCCUCCAAAUAGGGGACAAGAUAGUCUUGGCUGGAGAAUUUUCCCUAGCAGCGUGGGAAUUAGGAAGAGAAACCCCAUUGACAGGGCUAGGAAAUGGAGUUUGGAGUACAAUUGUGCUCAGCCGUGGCUGGAGAAGAAGACCCACCCCAGGACCACUUUCCUGCGCCUGUUUUGGCAGGGAGACUUAGAACUUCCAGGAGAGAAGGGAGGAGGAGAGGAAAUCUCCCACUCCUAAUCCCAUCCCACUUGUUCUUGCUGAGAAUGAGCUGCCAGCUGACCCCCCGGAGAGCAACAGUGCUAGCGAAAGACUUCUUGUUUGGUUUCUGCUCAUCAUUUUGAGCUCAUUUGUUUUGUGUUCAAAGGGUGGGGUACAGAAAGAUGGAAAAGAUCAGGGCCAACCCAGGAUCCCUGAUGAGAACUCUAAUGAUUUUUUUUUUUUUUUUUUGCGCGCCAUUUAUGUUUGUUUCGAAUUAAACAGAUUUCUACCCACUUAUAACUGAAUGUGGUUAAAAACUGUUAAGAAAGAAAAAAAACCAAAAAAACAAAAAACACACAAAAAACAAAAAACAAACAAACAAACAAAAAAAAACAUGGCAAUGUUGGAUGUGUCCUUCAGGUCUCUCCCAGCCACCAGCAACCUAAGUGAGUAAAGGAGGCAGAGGGGAAAGCUGGCUUUGGCUUUGUGCUUCAUGAAGCCUUUAUAAACAGUAGUGCCUUUCAGAGGGGAGGCGGAGAGUGAAGUUCGAUUGCAUUUAGAUUUGCUGAUACUGCGGUAUUUUUUUUCCCUUAGGUUUAAGCUAUGUUUUAAAUGAGAAUAUCUGAAUGUAGGAUGGAAACAGGAAUUUUUGAGUCUCCAUCUCAGUUAUUCCAAACCCAGUCUUUCUUUCAGAAAGUCUUUUGUUGUUUUCUGACCCAUGUGUCCCUAUUGAUAAAAUGGAAUUUGGGGAGAAGAAGAGAGAACAUUAAUCUCUUAAGAAUGUUGAGGAAAAUAUCCUUGUCGACACAUCUAUAAUAUAUUUUGAUUUUCUUCAAGUGCUACACACUGCCAGUGUUUAGAAUUUUAUUGACAGCAACUUUGAACAUUCCAGUUUCCCACAGUCUUAUCUUUGGGUACCGUUUACAAACUCCUGAGGUUAACCUCUGUAAAUUGCUUCUCAUUGGAAGGUCUGGGUCCUUCUCAUUUACAUGUUAAUUGUUCUUAUCUUUUAAUUUCUGACCUCUAAGAGCUUCUCUACAGAACAGGGUUUGGGAGAACUGAGGAGGCCUGAAAAUGUCCAUAAGCUGUUUUCCACAGAAUUCUUAGGGGGGACAUGAGUCUGAUGCUUUCCAAGACAGACAGCCAUUCCUUUCUCUUACCAAGCUUUAUGCUGGGGGGAUGGGGUGGGGGUGGACAAAGAAGAAUCCAAAUAGCUGCUUUCCUCACUGGAAGGACAGAUGUGAGAAUCGAAUACACUUCCUAGGCUCCCUCGUCACAAUUCAUUUCACACAGGAAACUUCUAGAAAAGGCAAGCGAUGCCCACAGCGGGUAAGAGAAUUAGAUUUUGGAGAAAGAGAGCUUUGGCUUUGCUCUUCAAGGGUCGUCUUCUGUUGUCUCCAAACCCCCAUGCCUAUGGCCCACUCAUCCUUCUUUUCUUCUUGCUUAUCUUGAAAAACAUGGCAAGUUAGAUUUUUGAGAAUAUGAUGGAGAAAAUACCAUCUAAGGUAAACGGUGGUUAUUUUUCUGUGUUAAUAGAAACUCUCUCCUCUAUACCUGAUAGAGGGAAAUAAAUUGAAAGGGUCUCUGUAGUAGACAAAAGUACACAAUCACCACACCCUAGAACAGCCCAUGAAUUGCACUGGGUGAGUUUUGAGGAACGUAGUCCAUAUUCUUUUCUUGCCUGGCUAACAUUCCAAUGGAGUCUGAGUUAGGCAAACAUAUAUAAGCUUUCAACAGAUUUAUCUGUUUAAAAAAAAAAAAAAAAAACCUCAUGAUUUUUCUUUGCUAUUUGAAAUCUAAAGACCUUUAGGGAAGGAAUUAUUAGACCCAGAGUAGGCUAAAGGAAAUGCUCGCAUAGAUUCCACCAACAGAAAAGAAGAUGCUAUGUUAGUAAAUAUUUUCUGAAAAUGCUAAGGCUCUCGCUGUCUCAUUCAUUUUAAAGAGCUCAAAGGGGCUGAAAUUUAUCCAUAGACAGAUUUUUUAAUAGGAAAUGUUUUUCAUGAAAAAUCCAUAUGGAAAUUGAAUACAGAAAUAUCAUAUGACCAUAUUUGUUAUAAAGGACAUUUUUUUCUCUUUUUUUUUAAAUAUAAGUUGACAUUAUAGGAGAAGAAAACGGUCAUUCCACUACAAUGCUUUAAUCUUAAAUGACAGUAAUUAAAAGCUUAAAAUUAACACUCCCAGGCUAUUGUCAAGAACUUCCAAGCUGUGGUCAGAUUUCAUUUUUUAUCUGAAUGACCAACCCAACAGUUCACAAGGGGGAAGGGCAAGGAAAAGUUUAGAUAGCAAGUCUUGGAACUCCUGAGUGUUAAUUUAACCAAGUAGAUCUGCCAGUGCAGGGAUAGGAGCUGCAUUAAUCCCCCAUUUCCAUCAAUAACUAAGUCCGCAUGCCGGAGUCCAUGAAGACCGUUACUGUGACCUCAAAGACUGUGGCUACGAAUCUCAACUCUUCUCUUACUAACUUAAGCCAUAUCUUUCACAUCUGUGUUUGAAUUUUUUUUUUUUAAAACAAAAUCCUGGUGCUUUUACUUCUGUUUCUGCUGAACUUCAGACUACUCUGUGGGAAAGUAAAUACAACUAGAAGAGGGAUAAAUAGAAAGACUGUGAAAAACUAAACAUACCCUUGAGAAAAUGCUAUUUAUGCAGAGAAUAGUGGCAAUGGAGGGCAAACUGUUGGAAAAUAUGGAUAUAUGUACAUCUGUACAUGUAUAUAGUGUAUAAUAUGUAUGUAUAUGUUAUUGCUCAUAUGUAGAAAUCUAUCCAUUUUCAGGCAGCCCAGGUGGGUCAGUUUUUCUACUGGAAAACCAUUUAGGACCAUUCAAAACCAUUAAGGAUAAUACAUGGAGAAUUCUCGUCACAUGGGAAUUGAUUUGCUGACUUCUGAAGUCCACAUGGCCAAAUGAACAAAGUGUGAAAUGCAUUGAGACUAUAACUGAUGUGAUUCUGUUUACUCAGAAGCCUAUAUUUGAAUUCUUUUGUAUGUGUGUGUGUUUGGAUUUUUUGGUUUGUUUUUGAUAAG